ACUCAAGGACUUCGGUUUGGCUGAGCGGUUCGAGGGAGAGAAGAACUGACAAAGAGGCGGGACAUCCGGAAGGCGGCCAAGAACCCCGGAAGUACAGCUCUUGGCGCAGGGUUUCUUAGACCCUCGUCUCCCUCCGACUCGAGUCUUCCUCUUUCCGGCUGGCGGAUUGAAGUCUGAGUGUCAGAGCCAACCGUCACCACCGUCGUGACUAGUGGCCAGUCCCAUUUCGUUGCUUUUGCUCUCUCAUACCGGAAGUGAGUCGAGGACGAGUAUCUUUUGAGUGUCAACCUGGAAAAGGGAGGUUGCUUACCUAGCGCGGGGCCGGACACUGUGGCACUCUUCACUAUAAAGCUGCCUACCUUGAAAGCAGUCCUGGCUUUUAAGACUGCCACCCAAACAACUCAGGAAGAGGAACUGAUAGUCUGUGCAUCCUAACAACACUGGACAGGACCCAGUAUGUCUCAGGCCACCAAGAGGAAGCAUGUGGUGCAAGAGGUGCUUGGGGAGCACAUGGUGCCCUCUGCCCGACAGCAGAUAGUGAAGGUACUCAGGACUCCAGGGAACAAUCUGCAUGAGGUGGAAACAGCACAAGGGCAGCGUUUCCUGGUGAGCAUGCCCUCCAAAUACCGGAAAAACAUCUGGAUCAAGAGAGGAGACUUCCUCAUUGUUGACCCUAUUGAAGAGGGAGAGAAAGUGAAGGCUGAGAUCUCCUUUGUACUUUGCAAGGACCAUGUGCGCUCUCUGCAAAAGGAUGGUCUCUGGCCUGCGGCCUUCUCUGAAGAGGCUGAGAAACACAGCAGUGUGAACAGACAGAAUCAGCCAGAACUCUCAGCUGAGCCACAGUUGUUAGAAGAGUCGGGUUCUGAAGAUGACUCUGACCUCUUUGUUAAUACCAAUCGCAGACAGUAUCAUGAGAGUGAGGAGGAGGGUGAAGAGGAAGAAGAGACAGCCUGAAGCCCCAGGACUCGCUUCUUUACUUGCUCAGGGACUACACCUGGCUUCUCUGGGCUCAGACAUUCCCAGGGCAGAACUUUUCCUUUGGAUGGGGACAAGGCAUGGCCCCUCUAAACUGACCUAGAAGAAUUAAACCCCUGGUGGGUGAUGACUUUACUGGUGUCAGAAUGGCUGUCUCUGUGGAGGGAAACUUGUGGAGAAGUAAAGCCCUAUUCCUUGGUGGAGGUCUUGGCACCUGUGGGCACACAGGGAUAGGAAUGGAAUUGA